GUCUGAGCUCAAACAACAAGCCAUGAGCGGCGGCUCAACCGUCCAACGCAUCGAUGCUCUCGAUGCAUUCGCUCGAACCCUCUACCUUCGCGCCAAACAAUCAGGUCUUCCAUUUACCGACGUCGCGACUGCAGUUCGAAAUCUACAUAUAGCCCUACGACAUCUGCGCAUCGAAGCAGCCGACCAAGAUUCAGUUCUCAGCAAUGUCCAAGCCUCGUCCUCGUCCGUCUAUGGUCGCCAGCUCGAGCCUCUCGUCGAUGACUGUGGAUUCACCCUCGGCCAACUUGAGCGUCAUCUAGAUAAGUAUGGGGACGGCCGCGCUGUCAUGCCAGAAGAUGAGCGCCAGCGCGAUCAAGAACUCUCGGUCAUCAAACAUAAACUGGUUGGGGACAAGACCAGUGUCGAGAUGUUUCUUGACGCCGUUCAGCUGCAUGCCGAGAACAGACCCACCAGGGUUGUCGAAGGCCAAGAGGGACUUGAGAGAAUCAAAGAUGUGGUUGACGAAAUCGCCACUAAGCUAUUCCGAAACCGCAACGAGGGCAGUUUUACUGAAGACGAGGAUGGUCUCUGGCGCGAAUUCAAGAUCGAGCUCGAAGAUCAAGGGUUUUCCCCCCAAGUGCUACGCAAACACAAAGAUGUUCUACGAGCAUACGUUCGCGAGCUCGAGUCCGUUCAGAACCAGUAUGGCGGUAAAUAUCCCACCGUGAGGGGUCUCUUGGAGCAUGAAGCGAGAUCACAGCCCACCUCACCCCAAGAGCUUGACAGCAGUCCGUACAGGAAAUAUCCACCCGUUAUUAUCACUGGUGGGCGAGGAAGGUCAAACAGCGACACCGCGAGAGAGCCUAUUUCGUCGUCCCCAAGAGAUGCCGACAAUGAAUCUGACUACUCCAUGGCAAUGGUGUCGACCCAGGAUCUCCUCGCCAUGGAUAACCUCAACAUGCGAAUGGCAAAUCUGAACGUCCAGGGCAACGACCAGUACAGUUUGUCUCCCGGACAUAGACAGAUGCCACCAAACAGUUUGCCAGAUGUCCCAGAGUUGUCAAGUUCCCCGAUUACACGCCACAUUGAGUCAUCUCCACGCUCCAUGCCCCCUAUGCCUCAUUAUACCAAUAGCGGGCCCCCAUCUUACGGUAGCAGUCCACGGAGCAGCGCUCCUCGACUUGCUCCUGAUCGAUGGGGUAAUGAGAUUCCUCCUGAUGCCCAGUGGACCAGAAUUAGACGGGAGCUAGUUAGCCCCGAGGUCCUUGAACGAGCUGGUGUGCGCUAUGAGGCUCGCCCAGACUACGUUGCAAUUUUGGGCCGUUUGACCCGAGAACAAGUGUCCGAGUUCGCCCGUGAAAGUGCUGCCUGUCGAGCUGCUCGUUCACGACGUGGUCCUCCGCCUCGUAAGCACGAUCACCACUCUGAGCGGCGAGAUUCGAAGAGCAGCCGGGACGAAGAAGAUGAUGAUGAUAGCGGAGUUUUUGACGAAACCGAUAUCUCAGACGAUGAAGAAGAUAAGUCGUCUGAGAAAGGAACCAAGAGCUAUCCAUAUAUCGUCAAUCCUCCCACAAAGAACCCGACAUCUCCUUCGAGCACCACAAUGCCGAAGCCAAUUCUCAAGAACAAAAACGAAAACCACGUGCGCUUCGACCCGGAGCCGUACGAGGUUGAUGCCCGAAGUCCCCGAUCAUACAGGGACGAUCGCCAUCGUGAGCGUGACCAUGAUCAUCAUCGUGAGCGCCGGCGACAGAGCCCUACCAGAUCAUCGCGACGUUCGCGAAGAUACUCUGAUAGUGCAGAUCGUCACUCACGAAGCGAUAGACAUGGCGACUAUUACUACGACAGCGGAAAGCGGUACCAUCGCGAGAGAGAUCGUGAUCGUGACCGAGACCGUGAGCGGGAUCGUGACAGAGAUCGAGAUAGGAGAAGUACCAGGAGGGAAGAUCGCCCUCAAGGAAGAAAGAAAUGGGGUGAAGCUCUUGGCGCUGUUGGCAUUGGCGGUGCAGCAGUGAGCCUUUUGAGCGUCCUCGCUGAAGCAGCAUCUUGAUUUCAACGGGCUGGUCCCGUAUCAAAUUACCCAUCACUUCCCUUUGUCAUUUCCUUAUUAUGACUUUGGUUCUGUACUACGUUUUUGGAUAUGUAACAAAGGCAACUGUAAGAUGGACUGGACCACAGAACAAGAUGGGAACAGAGAAAACAAAGGAAAAGAGUUUGUCAUUUUUGUAUACCUUGUUGGAACUUAUGUAUGUAGUUAUACCACGGAUGACACGGAUGUCUCCGACAGAGAUUAUCAGGAGACUUUGGCAGGAUUAGAUACCCACGAUAAGACGACACCAGAAUAUAGCAGUUAUGAAUCAGAUUUUGUUAUCAUUUG